AUGACCAUUUUGUAUGGAAUCGAUGAGCCAACUCAAAGUCCUCUAGUUUCCGAUGAAGAAAUUCGAUCGAUUAUUCGCGAUGAAUACGGAAUUGUGAAAGCAAAAAUCACCCAUUUAACCGGGUACGAGGAUUGCAAUAUGCGAUUGGAAGAGAUCGAAUACGAUGAGAAAAUCACAAAAACGAUGAAAGAAAAGCCGAAAGAGGCGAUUGUGAAAGUGACGAAUCCGAUAGAGGCACGAUAUGAUGCACAUAUUGAGCUUCAGCACAACGUGUACGCGACUUUCCGCAAAGCCGGCAUUCCGACGGUGUCUCCGAUUCGUCGAUUGGACGGUCGCCUCUGGGCUCCCAUCGAGCUCCUUCCUGGAUUGAAACUUCCCGUUCGUCUCUUUCAUUUGUUACCGGGGAGAAAUUUGGAAAAUUUCCCCUUCACUCCCGAGUUGUGCUUUCAAAUCGGCGCACUUUUGGCAAGGAUUCACAAAUGUUUCGAUGCAAUGGACGUGAAAAAAACAACCGAAUCCCAUUUGCCGUUCAUUUCACCGGAGAAUCAUCGCUGUAUCGAGAGAGAAGCUCACGUGCUCGUCGCAAAGAAAAUGCUGUCAAAGGAGCGCUUCGAUUUGGUGAAAACAAUUUUCGAUGAUUUUCGGAAAACGAUUCUCGACAACGAGCCGCUGGAUUAUGGUUUAAUCCAUUCGGACAUCAAUGAAACGAAUGUGUUGAUCGAGGAAAAUGAUGGCAAGUUAGAGAUCAGUGGAGUGUUGGAUUUCGGAGAUAUGCACUUCUCACAUCGGGUUUUCGAUAUUGCCGCUUGUGUUUUGUAUCUUCAUUUAUCGGAUUCACAACUGAAACAGGGAAUCCCAGAAAUCGAAAAGAACAUCCUCCUCGGGUACACAAGCCAACGAGAGUUUCGAGAAGCUGAAAAACUUCGAUCAGCGAUGAGAGCCCGUUUGGCGUGCUCCUUGCUGUACGGCUUGAGGACGGCGCGGUUGAAUGUUAGAUGUAGUUCCACGGAAUAUGUGCUACGCACACAGUCAAAUGGUUGGCAAGUGUUGAUUGAGGUU